UCUUCCGCCCCUCCACCCCAAUUCAUCCUCAGUGCUGCGUGCGCACCGCCAGCAGCUCGGCAGCCCCCGGGCCCGGGAGGCACGCAGGGAUCCAGGGAGCUCUCACGUCCCGGGAGAUCUUUCAAUGCUGCUGAUUUGCUUCUGGAGUGCUCAGCAGGGGGAACGAAACUCUCCAUCAGGUGCUGGCUCCGCGGGCAGCAGCUCAGAGGACGCUGCCAGCUCUCCCGAUGGCUUCUCGGUGCGGGGCAGGCUGUGGCUGAAGCUCCUGGCUUGGGCCAGCAGUGGUGCCAGCUUCUGCUAGGAGCAUUCUCACCUCUUCCCUGUGAGCUGCUGGGAGAUGGCUUUGCACUGAAGUUGUCCUUCCCUGCUGCUGGUGGCUCGAAGGAGAUGUUGAGACACAGCCUGAAGCAGCUGGAGAAGAUGAGAUGCCUGCGGAAGCGCUCGGCAGUGCCCUUCCUGGGGCUCCUCAUCCUCUGCCUGCUCCUCAUCAACCUCUACAUUGAAGAUGGCCACGUGCUGGAGGGGGACAAGCAGCUCCUGAGCGAGACAGCCACGCACCAGCUGAGCCCCGAGCGCCCCCCGCGCCCCGCGCAGGCUGCCUCCAACCUCUCAGCAGCCAGGAACAUUUCCUAUCUCUACCUGGCUGGCACACCUCUGCCAAAGAAAAGGUACCUGACCAUUGGGCUCUCCUCUGUGAAGAGGAGAAAGGGCAACUACCUGCUGGAGACCAUCAAGUCCAUCUUCGAGCAGUCGAGCUACGAGGAGCUGAAGGAGCUGGCGGUGGUGGUGCAGCUGGCGGACUUCGACGCGGCCUGGUGCGCCGGCAUGGCGCAGGGCAUCGCGCAGCGCUUCGCGCACCACAUCAUCGCGGGCAGGCUGCUGGUCAUCCGCGUGCCCCCGGAGCACUACCCCGCCCUGGAGGGGCUGAAGAGGAACUACAACGACCCCGCCGAGAGGGUCAAGUUCCGCUCCAAGCAGAACGUGGACUACGCCUUCCUGCUCAACUUCUGCGCCAACCUCUCCGACUACUACGUGAUGCUGGAGGACGACGUCCGCUGCGCCAGGAACUUCCUGACGGCCGUCAAGAAGGUGAUCGCCUCGCGGGAGGGCUCCUACUGGGUGACCCUGGAGUUCUCCAAGCUGGGCUACAUCGGGAAGCUCUACCACUCGCACGACCUGCCGCGCCUGGCGCGCUUCCUGCUGAUGUUCUACCAGGAGAUGCCCUGCGACUGGCUGCUCAUCCACUUCCGCGGGCUGCUGGCGCAGAAGGAGGUGAUCCGCUUCAAGCCCUCGCUGUUCCAGCACAUGGGGUACUACUCCUCCUACAAGGGGGCCGAGAACAAGCUGAAGGACGACGACUUCGAGGAGGAGUCCUUCGACCUGCCCGACAACCCCCCGGCCAGGCUGCACACCAGCAUCAGCGUCUUCGAGCACUACGAGGCCAGCCGGGCGUACAGCGCCGGCGACGAGUACUUCUGGGGCAAGGCUCCCGCCGCCGGGGACUUCUAUGGGGUGGUGUUUGAGAAGCCCACCAGGAUCAGCAGGAUCAAGGUGGUCACCGGCACCGAGGACAGGCAAAACGACAUCCUGCACCACGGGGCCCUGGAAGUGGGGGAGAAGCUGGUGGGGAGUAAGCAGGGGAGGCAGUGCAGCACCUACCUGAGACUGGGGGAGUUCAGCGGCGGGAGGCUCGAGGUGACAGAGGUGGAGCACAAAGUGCUGUUCGAGGUUAGCUGCUUGAGGAUACUUGUCACCAAAGGCCAGAAGGAGUGGCUGAUCAUUAGGAGCAUCAGCAUCUGGACCUCUCAGGCACCCAGCCCAUAGAGCCGCCUCAGAAGGUACAGCGAGCGUUCCGGCAGCUGUGCCCCACCCGGUGCCCAUCCCCCCCAGCUGGCACUCCCAGCUCUGCCCUGGAGCCAGGGAGGCCCUGGGGAGCUCAGAGCCAGCAGAGCAGUUCCUUUUUUACCGGCUUGGCCAGGCAAGGGCCAGGCAAUGCACAAAGCCU